CAAUGCUUGGGAAACAGAGAAGGAGGAAGAAUCAGAAACACCAGGAUUCCCCUUUAAGUUCAAGAAAAUGUUUGAAUACAACCAUAACCGUAUCGCAAAGGAACCUUCUUUUUAUGAAGCAUCCUACAGCAAGGACCAGGAAGAACAGUUUGUAGUGAAGGAAAGAGAACUCUUCUACACUUCAGCUCAGAGAAGCCUUGUUGUGUGGCAAGUAAUGAUGAGAACAAAGUAUGAUGAAAGUGAGAAGUGCGGCAUCCGCAGACUCCUCAACAAUAAAACAUAUUUGGCAGCAUUUCCUUUACAUGAAGGGAAAUAUGCUCAUGAUGCAUCCAGUGGAUAUAUUUUUGAUAGGAGGUUGCUGUAUCUUGAGUGGGCAUCUCUGUCAUGUUGGUAUAAGAAGCAACCCUUUUGGCUCAUCAAGAAAUAUUUUGGUGACAAAAUAGGCCUGUACUUUGCUUGGUUGGAUUUCUACACCAAAAUGCUUAUUCCUGCUGCUAUAGUAGGUCUGCUUUGUUUUCUUUAUGGUGCAGCAACACUAUACUCUAAUGAUAAUGUACCAAGCCUGGAGAUCUGUAAUAGGUCUGGACCUGGCAAUAUCACACUCUGUCCACAUUGUGACAAAGCAUGUCCUUUUACCAGACUGUAUCAGUCAUGUACAUUUGCAAAACUCACAUAUCUGUUUGACAAUCCAGCUACUGUCUUCUUUGCUAUUUUUAUGUCUUUCUGGGCUACCACCUUUCUUGAACUCUGGAAACGGCGACAAGCAGUAAUUGUGUGGGAAUGGGACUUGCAAAAUGCUGAAGAAGAUGAAGAACCAAGACCAGAAUUUGAGACAUCAGUUAAAACAUUCCGCAUCAAUCCAGUCACACAUGAAAAAGAGCCAUAUCUUCCCACAUGGAGCAAAGCUUGGAGGCUUCUGGCAACUACUUCAGUCGUGUUUCUCAUGGUUGUUGUUGUGAUGGGGACAGUUCUAGGAACAAUAAUCUACAGAAUUGCACUAAUAACAGUGUUUCAUAGCAGUGGAGGUUUCUUCAGUACACAUGCCAAGAUUUUCACAUCGGUCACAGCUGCUGUUAUCAACUUAACGAUCAUCAUGAUUCUGACACGGCUAUAUCAGAGAAUUGCAACACUUUUGACAAACCUAGAGAAUCCCAGGACUCAAACAGAAUAUGAAGACAGCUACACUUUCAAGAUAUUUGUCUUUCAGUUUGUGAAUUUCUACUCCUCAUUGAUCUACAUAGCUUUUUUCAAGGGGCGCUUUUAUAAAUACCCUGGUGACAAAGAAGCACGCCGUGAUGCAUUUCAAAGACUUACACUGGAUGUUUGUGACCCAGCAGGCUGCCUAUCUGAGCUCUGCAUACAGCUGGCCAUCAUCAUGAUUGGCAAGCAGUGUUUCAACAACUUCCUUGAGAUCUUCUUACCGAAACUACGCAACUGGUGGCGUAAGAGGUACCACAUAUCAAAUACAAAAGAUUUAGAGCGCAGUUAUACCCGGUGGGAAGAAGAUUAUCACCUUGAGGAUUCGGGACGACUUGCUCUUUUUGAAGAAUACCUUGAAAUGGUAAUUCAGUAUGGUUUUGUAACUCUUUUUGUGGCUGCAUUUCCUUUGGCUCCUCUGUUUGCAUUGCUAAACAACAUUGGUGAGAUUCGAUUGGAUGCAUAUAAAAUGUUGACCCAAGCUCGACGUCCACUGGCAGAACGUGUAGAAGAUAUUGGAGCUUGGUAUGGGAUUCUUCAGGGGCUCACCUACACUGCUGUUGUUUCAAACGCAUUUGUCAUUGCAUAUACAAGCGACUUCAUUCCACGUAUGGUAUACAAAUUUGUCUAUUCACCAGACAACACAUUAACUGGUUACAUUGACUUCUCACUUUCUGAAUUCAAUACAUCUGACUUCCAGAAAGAUAUGAUACCUGAUGAUGAUGACAAUCCCAACACACCACCUCCAGAGACUUGCCAAUAUAGAGGUUAUCGUAACAAUGCCACUUCUGAGGAUCCGUAUGGCCUUUCAGCUGUCUACUGGCAUGUCUUUGCAGCCAGACUUGCAUUUGUUGUUGUAUUUGAACAUAUUGUGUUUGCGCUGACAGGAAUUAUGGCAUAUGCCAUACCAGAUAUUCCACAAGAGGUCCAAACUCAAGUGAAACGUGAGAAGCUUUUGGAGAAAGAGAGAAAGUAUGAAAUUGGCCUCAAAGCAGCAGGUUCUCCAAGUAAUUUUCGUGACAGAGAAGAUGGAAGUAAACUUCAAGGGAGAUUACAGCUGCCUCCACUUUUGCCUCCUGGGACAGCAAGAGAAUCAAACAACUGGUGGGCUCGGCGAGUGAGCAAAGUACGAGAUGUAUCAACAAGUCUUGCAGCUCUCAACAAAACAACCACUUAGCACGAAGAAAAUGAAUUGUACAAUACUUU